UCGCCGGGAGGCCCGUUAUGCCGCUCUAGAUAUUCAAUCGCCUCUCUGUUUGCGUUCCCUUUUGACAGUUACGAGGGACAUUGUACAUUUGAAAAUCCGACGCGACGGACUUAAAUGGCCGCGUGAGGAGGCCGUGCGAGAGAGUGAUCGUUCGGCGAUCACGUUUACUCUCGUCGCAGUGUUACGCUCGACGUUUCGGCGCGCGCCCUCGACGUUGUAUUUUUUUUCUUCCGCACAGCAUUCAUCUUUCUACUCGUUGACUUCUAUGACGUUACUUCACUGCUGCUAGGCAUUCUAAUCAGUCAUGGAGCAGGACACGGAGUAUCAGAAAUUACCUCUAGAGGAACGCCUUGCACACAAGUCCUGGCGAGCACGUUUACAUGGAUAUGAGGAGUGCGUGAAGACAUUCCAGUGCAUUGAUGACGAGAAGUCACCAGAAUGGAACAAGUAUAUAGGCUUUAUCAAGAAAUUUGUGGUGGACAGUAAUGCAGCUGCGCAGGAGAAGGGGCUGGAAGCGACCUUGGCUUUCGUGGAGAAUUCCGCGGCCGCCGGUAAGAUAGUCGCCGACGUGAUGAAUGGCAUUGUGUCUAAGUGCAUUGCCGCGCCUAAGGCCAAGACGAAGGAGGUGGCUGUACAAAUCACGCUGAUGUACAUUGAGAUCGAGAAGCACGAGGCGGUACAGGAGGAGCUGCUGAAGGGUACUGAGGCGAAGAAUCCAAAGAUCGUUUCGGCAUGCAUCGCCACUUUGACGUUAGCGCUCAAGGAGUUUGGGCCCAAGGUGAUCAAUCUGAAGCCACUGAUGAAGAAGUUAGCAAAUUUCUUGGAGGACAGGGACAAGACGGUGCGAGAAGAAGGCAAGGCUAUGGUGGUGGAGAUGUAUCGAUGGGUGGGCGAUCGCCUGAAGCAGCAACUGAACACAUUGAAACCAGUGCACAUCACGGAGCUUGAGGCGGAGUUCGGCAAUCUUGGCGACGAGAAAGCGCUGCCCACACGUUAUUUGCGCUCGCAGAAGCCCAAAAACAUGGGAAACAAUGCCGAUUUAGCAGCGGCUAGCGAUAACGAGGAUAAGGAAGACGGGGAUGGCGCUUCGAUUCCAGACAUAGAUCCGUACGAACUGUUGGCACCCGUAGACAUUCUGUCGAAGUUGCCGAAGGACUUUUACGAGAAAAUCGAGGCGAAAAAGUGGCAGGAACGGAAGGAGGCUCUAGAGGUACUCGAAACACUCGUCAAGAAUCCAAAAUUGGAAAACGGCGAUUACGGUGAUGUGGUAAGGGUUUUGAAGAAAGUUAUCUCGAAGGACACGAACGUGCUGGUAGUCACGCUGGCGGGAAAGUGCUUGGCCGGCUUGGCCGCGGGUCUGAAGAAACGAUUUCACCCUUAUGCCGCAGCCUGUUUGCCUGUCAUUUUGGAAAAGUUUCGCGAGAAGAAGCAGACAGUGGUGCAGGCACUACGGGAGGCUGCUGACGCCAUUUACGAGAGCGUAAGCAUUGAUCUUAUUCUCGAGGACACUCUAGCUGCUUUGGAGAAUAAAAAUCCAGCCGUUAAGGCUGAAACGGCUUUAUAUCUGGCCCGAUGUUUUGCACGUACUCCACCUGCGAAUCUGAACAAGAAAAUGCUGAAAUCUUAUACUAGCACAUUGCUGAAAACGCUUAAUGAACCGGAUCCGACGGUACGUGACAAUUCGGCAGAAGCGCUCGGCACAGCGAUGAAAUUGAUCGGCGAGAAGGCGAUGACGCCAUUCCUGACGGACAUAGAUAAUCUCAAGAUGACAAAGAUCAAAGAAUGCGCCGAUAAGGCGGUAAUACUCGUUAAAGUGACGAGUGGUACGAAGAAGGAACGACCUAAUACUGCUCCAGCUAAAGUGGAGUCACAACGGGCGGGUAAGGCGAGCAAGGAGAAAAAACCGAGCUCUGCGAAGAUCUUCAAUAACGAGAAGUCCGCGCUGCGACAACAGAUCGAGCAAGAAUGCGAGAAGCGUAACGGCGAAACGGCACCCAUUCGCGGCGCUAAACCCAGGAAGACUAAUGCUGUCAAUGUCGAAGAAGAAAAGGACAUUGAGGAAUCGGAGAAAAAAGCAGACGACAGCGAUUCGGAACAUUUAAACGAACCGAUUUCGCGCAUUGACAUCAGCGCACAGAUCACCGAAGCGCUGUUAAUCGAAUUGGCCGACAAGAACUGGAAAGUGCGUAACGAAGCGUUGCAGAAGGUGUUCACCCUUCUCAAUGAAGCAACAUUCAUUAAGCCGACCAUCGGCGAUUUGCCACAGGGAUUGGCUCUACGUCUCGUGGACAGUAAUAGCAAGAUUGCACAAGCAGCUCUAGGUAUAUGCGAGACUUUAGCAAUAGCUAUUGGGCCACCGGUAAAGCAACACGUUCGCAUCCUGUUUCCUAGAUUUCUGCAAUGUCUAGGUGACAGCAAAAACUAUAUCAGGAUGGCUGCGAUCUCUUGUAUCAAUAGGUGGGGAGAUCAAUGUGGCUAUAAAGAAUUCUUCGAUGGCGAGAUGAUAGGUGAUGCAUUAAAGACAGGCUCACCGAUGUUGCGAUCCGAAUUGUGGAGUUGGCUGGCGCAAAAGUUACCUUCCAUUCCAGUGAAACAGAUUCCCAAGGAGGAGCUUUUCGUAUGUCUUUCCUUCUUGUACGCCAACUUGGAAGAUCGUAACUCAGAUGUACGAAAGAACGCUCAAGAAGCUGUUCUUGGUUUUAUGAUCCACCUUUCCUAUGAAGCAAUGGUCAGGAACACCGAAAAACUGAAGCCAGGAUCAAGGACAGUAGUGAUUGCUGCACUGGACAAAGUUCGUCCUAAUUUACCCAUGAAACCUCUACCUAAAAAAGAACCAUCAGACGACAAUAUCCAAAAGGGUAGCGCGAAGGGUGCGAAAAUAGUGAAAGCAGUUAAAUCGAAGGGCGCAUCAUCGUCAAAACCAAGCAGUGCUCGUAAAAAGGAUGACGACAUUGACACCAGUCCACUGUUGGUGGUCAAUAAUCUAAAACACCAGCGUGUGAUCGACGAGCAGAAGUUAAAAGUACUCAAGUGGAACUUUACUGCACCUAGAGAAGAAUUUGUCGAGCUUUUGAAGGAUCUUAUGACCGCUGCAAACGUAAAUAGAAAUUUGAGAGCAAAUAUGUUUCAUUCUGAUUUUCGAUAUCAUCUAAAAGCUAUUGAAGCGCUUACUGAGGAUCUUCCUGAAAAUAGUAAAGCAUUGGUGUCUAAUCUGGAUCUUAUUCUCAAAUGGUUAACAUUGCGAUUCUUUGAUACUAAUCCGUCAGUGCUUUUAAAAGGAUUGGAUUAUUUACAACUAGUCUUUAACAUGUUAAUUGAAGACCAGUAUCACAUGUUGGAAACUGAGGCAGCGUCAUUUAUCCCUUACCUCAUUAUCAAAAUAGGUGAUCCAAAAGAUGCUGUGCGUAAUGGUGUACGAGCUUUAUUCAAGCAAAUAGCACUGGUAUAUCCCGUGAGCAAAUUAUUUUCGUAUGUAAUGGAGGGUGUGAAAUCGAAGAAUGCCCGUCAACGAACAGAAUGCCUGAAUCAAUUAGGAUCGCUAAUUGAGAAUUAUGGAGUUUCUGUUUGUCAACCCACGCCAUCGGCAGCGUUGAAGGAAGUUGCGAAGCAGAUAGCAGAUCGCGAUAAUUCCGUUCGUAAUGCCGCGCUAAACUGCAUUGUUCAGGCCUAUUUCCUUCAAGGAGAACGUGUAUUUAAGCUUAUUGGCCAGAUAUCAGAGAAAGAUAAAUCUCUGUUGGACGAACGGAUCAAAAGGGCAGCGAAGAAUCGACCUACAAAAUCUGCGUCCGCUACGAGGCUUUCCACACCUGCAGUCGCAACUUCCAGUCCACCAACGGAUGACAUGGAGAUGGACUAUGAAGAGGAACAAGAAGAGGAACAGGUUGAGCCAAUGGAAACAGUACCAGAGCUGAAUUCUCCUACAUCGAUGCAAGCAAAGGUUCCUUCAGGUCCUUUUGGACUGGACAUGGAAUUUUUGCAGAGGCUCGAACUAAGCGCUCCAGUAAAAUAUCGAAACCCAGUAUUAGUAGAACCCGGCUUAUUAGAUUUGAACGAGUCUCCAGUUAACGUGUUGAGCAUACCCAAAACACAAAUGAUACCAAUUUCGCCACCAAAAUUGUUAGUAUCAAAAUCAUCCGUUGUAUCACCUACUGUUAGUAGUAAAGAUAGCACGCUCGAACAAACUAUCUUGUCCAUGGCCAGUACCGAUUUGCCCACUGCGAUACAGUCCAUGAAUGCAAUAGAAAACUUACUAAAAUCUCAUGAAGCGAUCAGCAUGCAAACUAAGGAGGAUAAAUUUAUCGAGUCGAUUAACAUGCAAUUAAAGCUAUUGCAAACAUGUCCGUUACGUCAAGAAAAUGUAGAUGUGUCCAGGGGCUUCAGAAAUACAUUUCUGGUUAUACUUGUGUUUUACGACACUGGAUUCCUUGGAAAGAAUGUUCCUUUCAUGCAUUUGAAGGAAUUAGUAGAUCAGAUGAUAAGUUUGCUAGCUGAAAACAAAUUGGAGCAUUUGCAUCAGGCAGGAACUUAUUAUAGGGUGAUCAAUAACAUAAUGGUGAAAAUUAUUGAUAAUUCGAAUCAUACCACCAUUAUCUGUGUAUUGAUCAAAUUACUUCAUUCCUGCGCCAAAUCAAAUGUUCCCUCAAAAUACGAAGAGCUGGUGAUGAAAUGUUUAUGGAAAAUAGUAAAAACAAUGUCCAAUUGGGCCGCUGAUUUGGAUUACGAUACGAUACUUUUAGAAGUUCAUCGUUUCCUUAAGGAUUAUCCUACUACAUGGUGGAGGAAACGAACGUCCGAUACUCCGUUACGGACAGUCAAAACGGUUCUUCACAGUAUGACCAGGGUGAAAGGCAGUUUGAUACUUAAUCACUUGACACUAAUAAACAACACAAAUGAAUCUGAACUACAAGCUUACUUAAUAAGAUUAAUUGCGAGCCUUAAACCAGAGGAGGUUAACGCUGCAACAAAAGUGACACCAAAAUUGAAUAAUGUGGGGAAAACGCCAAAACAUUUGUCCAAGUCCACUCGUCAACAAUUGGCCGAAAUAUUCAAGAAAAUUGGAUCAAAAGAGCACAUGCAAGAGGGCCUAGUGCAGUUAUAUGAUUUCAAACUUCAAUAUCCGGAUGCUGAUGUACAACCAUUUCUGGUUAAAUCUCAUCAGUUCUUCCAAGAUUUUAUAGAACAGGGACUAAGGGAGAUAGAUCAGGCACGAAAGAAUCAAAAUAUUUUGUCGCAAGCCAACAAUCAAUACUCUAUAGAAACUACCGAGUCUUCAGCGGCAGUUGCUGACGAGAAGGACAUGAUGGAUCCAUUGUACAGGCUCGAGAGACUCCGAGCUUUGGAAGCACAAUGUAAAGUAACCUCCUCUCAACCGAAUCCACCAUAAAUGAUUAAGCAUAAAUAUAUUUAUAAUUAGUUAAGCGGGACACGAGAUACGUAUAAACAUGUCUGUGUAAGAUAAGUAUAUUUGUCCGAUUUAUUUAUUCGCGUAUCAAAAUGUUCAAUCCCAUGACGUUUUCCACCGCUGAUUUUUAAUUGAAGUGAUUCAUUGCAGUCGCUUUGCGUACAUACACAAUUCGUUUACUCUUGAAUUAAUUUAAAUGAUUUGCAUAGCUAGCAGAAGACUUAAAUGACCGCAAAUUAUAGGAAAUAAUAUAGCUGCAACAUCAGACACAUGUUACAUCGAGCAUCGUAACAGUCCUGCGUUCUAAUUGUAGUAAUGUUACGUUUCCAAUGUAGCGUGCAUACUAAUGAUAUUUGUUUCUUCCAUGUUAUGUAUAGUUAUAUAAUAUUAAUGUUACUACUUAUGUAAGAUCUAUCAUAUAUGGUAAAUAGUAUAUAAGAAUACAAAACUUGCAUGAUUCGAACAUCACUCAUGUCGUAGCAUGACUUAAUUUUAUUAUGUUGUUUAUAACUUCAUAUUUUUUACGCUGAUUUUUAAAUAAAUUUGUUCCAUUUAAACUCGAUUAGAGAUUUACAAUCAUCAUAUCGUUGUUAUUUUCGCAAAACCUCCUAUUCUCAUAAAAAGAGAAAACUCAGAAUGAUGUGCGUCAUUGAAUAGCAUCUAAAUUUUCAAAAGAGAUAUGAUGUGAUGCAUUAUUAAUUAAAGGUAGAACAUUAAAUAUGACUUUCUAUAAAAAUAUUAUAUAUAAUUAAUAGCAAAAUUUAGUUUUUAUGCUUUUUUAUAAGUCGUUUUUUUUAUAAAUCCUGAUUUUUAUGUUCUUCAAGAAAUUAUAUAUAGACUGAAAAAGAUUUAGUGUCUGUUGAAGCUUAACACAGAAUAAAGCUAAAACCGAUAUAGAUAUUUAUUUCUUUUACAUAAGUCUUCUUAUAGGGAAAAUAAAAACGGGAAGUUUCGCGGAAACAACAGUGAUCCAUUGUAUUUAUUAAGAUGCAAGUGUCAUAUCUCAGUUAGUAUUUAUGGAUAGGAUCAAAAGAUAGUACUUAACAAUCAACAUCGAUACCUCGAUGUUUAUUACUCGAUGUAAUAAAAAAAGCGAUGUUAAGCCGCAAAAAUUUCACAACUUAAAAAUAUUUAGAAUUAGUCUUUCAGAAUAAAGGAAAUAUUAUCUAUUUGAAGUAUCUUAAAUGUGUGUACUCAAAUGUUGAUAAUUUUAUUUAAAAAAAUGGUCUUGUGUGAUUUGAUUAGUAUGAAUUUGAUAAUUACGGUAUUAUGAAUAAAAUAAAAUGAAAUCUUACUAGAAUUAUAUUAAAUCACUACAAAAAUACGACGCGAUAUAAUUGCAAAAUAUGCUUAUUAAUGACAUUGCAAUUACUUUUUUUACUGUCUACUAUUUGUGAAUAAAUAUCAUAUAUAGGUAUUCGUGACCACAAAUUUUUAAGUUAGGAAAUUUUAUGGCUUGACGAUGUGAAAAGUAUAUUUACCUUUCUACUAUAGGUGCAAAGAAGAAAACAUGAAAGAAACGUAGCUAAUAAAAAGCAACAAUAGAUUCUACUUUAUUAUCUGAAAAAUUUUACGAAAUUACUAUUUGAAAACUUGUCGCUUUUCCCGAAGACUUAUAUUCUGUAGUGUAAAUAGAACGUGUAUAUACAUGCACUAAUAAAAAUGAUAUUCGACAAAACUAA